CCCAUGCUCCCAGGCUCUAAUUCACCCAGCCCCCAGGCUCCAAGUAACACACGCUCCUUGGCCCAGGCCCCCAAGCUCCCAGGCACUAACAGUCUUCGUCCCCCAGUAACACAGGCUCCUAAGCACCCAGGCUCUCUAUUAGGCUAUCAGCUCCUAGGCUCCCAGUGUCCCAGACUCCCAGUCUCUCAGUCACACAGGCUCCUAGGCUCCCAGUCUCCCAGUCUCUCAGUCACACAGGCUCCUAGGCUCCCAGUCUCCCAGUCCGCCAGUCUGCCAGUGUCCCAGUCUCCAAGAAAUCCAAUACUCCCAGUCUUCCAGUCCCUCAGUCUCCCUAUCUCCUAG